AUGGCCGAAUCUCCUAUCAGGGACAAAGAUAUGGCCUCGGGGUCUUCGCCCUCGACCGCCUUGUUCACCAGCCCCGGAGAUGACCAAGAUAGUGCCAAUGGGAGCCCUCGUGCCGCGAGUCCUGCUGCUGCGAGCCCCCGUGCGGCCAACCGCCAGCCCGCUCCACCGAGGAUGCUUCCUCCUCCUCAUGGACGGCGGUUCCCCACUGAGGAAACUGCCGAGGCAUUCCUCAAGCACUUCUCGAUCAGUGCAGGCUACAAGAUUGUCCGCAAGCGAAGCGCUGGCAAGGGCAAAGACGGCAAGAUCAUCGCUUACGAGUGUCAUCUCAGCGGCCACCCCCGUGGUGGUAGAACAAAGAAGAUUGGCUGUCCCUUUCGCAUCAGUCUCGACUGUCUGAAAAGAACAAACUACGAAUAUGAGAUCAACUCUAUGGGCGUCCGCCAGCACAACCACGGCCCGGACGUCAAGGACCCGAGCCGAGCACACCAUUGCUUUGCUUUGUAA